UAUGAUGUUAACUUCCCGUCAGAUAUGAUGUUAACUUCCUUUGAAAUGUUUACUUGUAUAUCAUCAAUGUUGUGGCAUAUUUGAUUUUGGUUAUUAUAGACAACAUGCUAAAAAUAUGAAAACCUGAAAAGGAGUCUCAGAAGAAAUCGUACUCACAUGAACUACCGAGGGUUUGGUUACAUCGUGGACUCCUGUCCUCGGAAUAAGACAGAAUUCACAGAUUCAGCAGCUAGACUGCACUGUUCGGUUCACGGGAAUGGGUGGAGACAAUAUGUAUGCGUCCCUAACACAAAUAAAUCGGCCAUCGUGGAGUUCUGUAACACACACGGACCUGAAGUUUUUGAAAAAGGAUAUUGUUUGGAAGUUUCGGAUACAGGAUUUUUACACCCCUCCAGCUGUGCGUCUUUCAAAAUUGGAUGUCCUUCAGUGAAUUACAACACGUCUGAGCUGUAUAAGUAUCCCGCUUGUCAUCAGAUCAACACCGAGGACAAAUGCUAUUUGGCGAAUGAGGAUUGUGGUGCUGGACUUUCCAAGGAGCAAAUAUCUGUGACCACGAUAGCGGCUUUGUUUGGGGUGUUUCUCAUAUGUGGUUCACUAUACUUGAUAUAUCGGGAGAGGAAGAACAAUUCACAACAAAAACAAGCUCGUCGAUUGAGAGCCAUGGGAGAAUAUUAUGAAUGGAAAACAGAUAUAUCAGACCAGUUUACUUCCCUGUCUGGUGGCGAGUUGUCCGUGUUAUUCUGUUUUCUGUGCUCUGACUCAAGUACACCCGACUUUACUGAUAAAGGCUGUUUGGACAUUCUUAAUGUGAUACGAGAGUGGAUGUACCGUAAGAGUCCUGUAACAAGUGUGAAGGCACUGCGGACUCUGGACAGACUGAGGUCACGUGGAUUCCUUUGGUCUCAGGACGGAGUACACAUCACUGAGGACGUCAAGAACGAGAUUAUGCACUGUAUUUCCAGAAAAUCAAUGAGCAGAAAAAGACUGGGGAUGGUGUAUUUUUUAUCAAGUUUUAUUUCAGCAGAGAGAUAUCUGAGAUCAAUGAAAUAUGACAGAGAGUUUGGAGAAAAAUGUGUCAUUAGUAAUGACCAAGAAUCUGAUUCCUUACUCAUUCGCCGCUUACAGAUGAACAUACUGACUCACGUCACCAUGGAGGACACGAAUAUCUUCGAUGAAGUGUCACACAUUUUGAAUAUUCCAAUAAGUAGGGUAAAGGAAGAUAUAAUUAAAAGGAAGCAGUUUUUAGAAGAAUUAAAGCAGAACAGGGAGUGCGUACAAUACAGAGGAAGACCAGAGGACAGUGGAGGAUCACAGGACAAUGUACAACACGUUGAGUGGCUCUGGAGAUCUGAGAGUGACGCAAGACCUGACAUUGUGAGAUCAUGUAUAGGCCUUCACCCACACUGGGAUAUUUACAUCAUCAACAACACGGCUUACAGAAAACACAGCAAGUAUCACGGAUACCCACGUGAUGUUAAAAGUCUCCUGUACAGCCUAUUAUUAGUUGACGAAUACACGGUGAAGAUCAAUGGGAAAUCACACAAAGAGGUUAUGACGAAAAUCAGAGAGCGGUAUUUUAUAGACACCAACAACUAUGAUAUUAACUUGAGAAAUCUUCCUGAGGAUAUCAUUCGAAUAGAGGAUGAUUGUAUAGCAUUUCAAUCAGACGACAUCCGACAUGACGUCAUGUACGCGUUUGUUACGGAAUGUCUGGUGACGGAAAGUGAUCUGGAGUUCUUCCUGACAACGGCAUCGUGUCACGUUAUAUCAGAAUACUGCCGGUCCUUUUGGCAUAAGAUUAGCAAGGGCGAGAGGUGUUUGUUUUUACCGAAAUGGACAAAAGAGAUGUACAAUGAGCUGUUCAUAGGCAAACUUCAGCUAGACAUCAUCACACACUGUGAAGAGUUAGACGAGGAGAUGCAGGAAUGGAUCAGUGAACUUUUGAACAUACCUAGGGAAAUUCUGAAAUGGAACUAUGCUGCUCGACGGAGAUACGCAGAAUGUGCCAAGAAAGGGACUCGGAGAAUGCACAGGGCUCGUGCAAUGAUAGUUGGGUGUGCAGGGGCUGGGAAAUCUACUCUGCUCAAACGUCUACAAAAACGGAGUCUGGAUGAAUUGAAGCAGAUUAAGUCUACGAUUGGAUUAGAAGUACACGAAGACCUCUUUGAAAUUUCUCCUGAAUCUGAUUUCCUAACAGAUCUACCAGCUGGCAUAGAUAAAGAGGGGAAACAACUCUUGAGUAUCAUGGACUUUGGUGGACAAUGUGCCUAUUACGCGUGUCACCAGGUCUACCUCAGCAGAAGAGCCUUCUAUCUUCUUGUUCUCAACAUGUCUAAGAGAUUUGACGAGAAAGUUGAUCCGUCACUUUGUGAUCAGGAAGGGACCAUGUUUACUGACUGGACAUACGGGGGAUACAUGUUGUUUUGGUUGAAGUCAGUGCAUACCUACUGUGACAAUGACGCCCCAGUGAUCAUCGUUGGAACUCAUUUAGACAAAGCCGUAGAUGAGAAUUCCAACAAGUUCUACGACAGAAUACUGGAAUACCUCCAGCAUGAUAAACAGCUGAGGACACACUUAGCCAGGGAUCGAUGCUUCGUUCUAGGUUUUCAAUCGGAUGGUUCAUCAUUCACAGAUACACUUUCUGACCUAGAAAAGUGUAUUGUCUCAAUUGCGAAGCAAUCACGAUGGCUGGAAUCCAUCCCUAUAGAUUGGGCAAUGUCUGAAAUCAUACUUCGAGAACUCAGAAAAGAUGGAGAAAAAAUGAUCUCGGUUAAAACGUUGUCACAAAAAUGUUUUGGUGACAACGAAGAAAAAUGCGCACAGAUCAGCGACAUCUUGAAAUUUUACCAUGAUAUAGGCGUUCUACUACACUUUGACGCGAGCAAUCUUUCCAAAAAUGUCAUUAUUGACAUCCAAUGGUUUGUGGAUUCCUUUAAGAACAUAAUCACCGAUCCAAACCAUGUCAAGGAUUUGGUUGACAACAAAGACGAUUGGUGUGCUUUUAACGAAAAUGGUCAAAUACAAGAUGAACUUUUGACCAAUAUUUGGAAGAGUCAACAAUUUGAAAUUAAACCCCGUGUCAAAGAAGACUUGUUACAAUACAUGGAACGUCUUGGUCUCAUCUAUACUGGAAAACAGGCGCACUAUAUUCCGUGCAUGAACAAGCUGUCGUUCGGAAUCAAAGAAGAGCAAUACUUGCAAUGCAUUAAAAAUAAAACAUCGGUCUUGGUUUUUCGAUUUGACUUUCUGCCAUAUUUCUUUUAUUUUCGUCUGGUCGUUGCAUGUCUAACAAAGACCAAUGGAGAAUGGGUAAUUUUGAAAGACGGAGGACCUCGCUUAUUUAAAAACCUGGCUUGUUUUCUCUAUAAACGCCAUAUUGUAGCUCUGGCUGUGAACAAAUAUUCAAUUCAGCUUCAGGUUUUUCAGCCCGACAAUGUUUUAAUCACGAAAGAUGUCACACUAGAAAUCCGUGACGAUGUUGAAAGAUUACUGAAUGAUCUGACUAGUAACUUUCACAAGAAAAUCGUGUACUCUGUAGGAUACCAAUGUUCAGAACAGGAAGUGUUUCAUGAACAUGAUGACUGUUUUGUCAAAGAAGAUGCAAUUCACGGGAAAGGAGAUGUCCCGUGCCCAAAACACGGAAUGCAAAAUCGCCACAUCCUGAAGGAAUCAACUCUUCUAUUUCAUUGGAUUAUGGAUGUUCUGGCGGAACCAACAGGUUUAUCCAUUGACGAGUUGGCUUUAUCUGAGCCUGAUAUGUUGAAGUUCACCCUGGUAAUGGGAAAAGACUUCGAAUUGAUUGCAAAAUGCUUGCUGCAAAUUUCACAAAACGAGAUUGACAUACUCAUGAAGGACAAUGAAUCUACUAUGGUCGUGAUACACAAAAUCUUUCUCAAAUGGAGAAGCAAACUUGGCAAUUCUGCAACACUGGGGAUGUUAGAAAAAUCCUUACAGGAUGCAGAAAAAGACACUGGUACAAGCUUGGACUGGGAUGUGUUCAGUCGAGCAAAGAAGAGUGUUUUGGAGAACAUAUAUCCUGGAUCUGCGCAUACAAUGCAUACUGAUUUAUCCACUGACGAAACGGUUUUAUCUGAGCCUGAUAUGUUGAAGUUCACCCUGGUAAUGGGAAAUGACUUCGAAUUGAUUGCCAAAUACUUGCUGCAAUUGUCACAAAACGAGAUUGACAUAUUAAAGAAAGAAAAUAAAUCUAAGAAAACCAUGAUCCACAUCAUCUUUCGCAAAUGGAGAAGCAAACUUGGCAAUUCUGCUACACUGGAGAAGUUAGAAAAAUCCUUAAAGGACGCAGAGAGAGAUACUGGAGUAAGCUUGGACUGGGAUAUUUUCAGACGAGCAAAGGAGGAUAUUUUGAAGAACAAAAAAUGAACUGAGACUACAGACACUUCUGUAUGUAUAUAUUGUAGGUGGAUCAAUUCAAUUAUCAAUCUUAGCGAAUGACUCUGUUCAAGCAAUGUAGUAUAUGAUUAGAUAUAAGUAUUCUAUUCAUCGUUUUGUAAUAGGUUAUUGCGUCUCAAACAGUAAAUUCGAAUGAUCAUGUGUGGUUAAUGUUUUUACAAGUGAACACAUAUUUAGUUCAGUGUCCUAAUUUCACUAUUUGGAUUACAGGAAAGCUUAUCUAUCAAAAUUAAUGUUUUAAUAGCGAUACCCAAUGCAAUUUGCAAAACUUCUGAGUAUUGUCUGUUCAAAUGUAACAGAAUUCAUUGUUCAAACACAUGUAUAGAUAGGUACACAUAUUGUAUAUUCUGAAAUUAAUAUAUUUUGUUGUUGUUUCUUGUAAUAUGUAUUUUGCUGAUUUCAGAACACCUAUUUCAGACAAUGCCUGUAAUUUAUUUUUUAUUAUUAUUAUUUUUUUUUUUUUUUUUUUUUUUUUGCUGAUAGCAGAACACGUAUUUUAUACAAUGCUGUCUGUAUUUUUUCCUGAAGUCAGAACACCUAUUUCAGACAAUGCCUGUAUUUUUGCUUAUUUUAGACAAUGCCUGUACAUAUAUUUUUAUUUUUUAUUUUUAUUUUUUUGGUGAUGUCAGAACAAAUAUUUUAGACACUGCUGUCUGGUUUUUUUUUUUUUUUUUUUUUUUGCUUAUUUUAGACAAUGCUGUCUGUACAUGUAUUUUUGCUGAUAUCAGAACACCUAUUUUAGACAAUGCCGUCUGUAUUUUUUCUUAUUUUAGACAAUGCCUGUAUUUUUUUGCUGAUGUCAAAACACCUAUUCUAGACAAUGCUGUCUGUAUUUUUUGCUUAUUUUAGACAAUAUUGUCUGUAUUUUUUGCUUAUUUUAGACAAUACUGUCUGUAUUUUUUCCUGAUGACAGAUCACUUAUUUUAUACAAUGCUGUAUGUAUUGUUUGCUUAUUUUAGACAAUGCUAUCUGUAAUUUUUGCUUAUUUUAGACAAUGCUGUCUGUAUUUUUUGCUGAUGUCAGAACACCUAUUUUAGACAAUUCUGUCUGUAUUUUUUGCUUAUUUUAGACAAUACUGUCUGUAUUUUUUCCUGAUGACAGAUCACUUAUUUUAUACAUUGAUGUCUGUAUUUUUGCGGUGGUGUAUAGUUAG